GAAAAAGACUAUGGCAAAUCCCAUCACUCUUCUUUCUUUCUUCAUCUUCUCUUGCUUUGCAUUAUUUCCUCCAACAACAUGUUGGAACAAUGAGACAGAUGUAAUUACAUUGCUGUCAUUCAAGGCUGUCCUAAACGAUCCACUGGGAGUUCUGAGUUCAUGGAACGAAACCACACACUUGUGCAAGUGGAACGGUAUCCGAUGUGAUCGGAGGCACCCCAACAGAGUUGUCGCAAUAAAUUUGACAUCCCAAGGCUUGAUGGGACGCCUUUCGCCUCAUAUAGGUAAUUUGUCGUAUCUCCGAAGUAUAAUUCUCGAAAAGAAUAGCUUUUCGGGUGAAAUUCCCCACGAAGUUGGUCGCUUAAGACGACUUGAGUUUGUAAAACUGAGUCAUAAUUCUUUCACAGGUGAAAUACCGAAAAACCUCUCCCAAAACCCUAAUCUUUAUCAUCUUAACUUGAUGCAUAACAACCUCUCUGGUACCAUACCACAAGAGCUCAGUUCUCUAUACAAACUUAAGGUUCUUCGGUUGAGUUACAACGAGCUCUCGGGCCCUAUCCCUCCAUUUCUUGGGAAUCUAACAUCUCUUCGACUAUUGAGUCUAUUGUCAUGCGGUUUGACCGGAGAAAUUCCAAAAUCACUUGUCCAACUUGGUAGACUAAAGUUUCUCUUCUUGGCUCUAAACAGUUUGAUUGGUACUAUCCCGUCUGGUCUUUUUAACAUUUCUACUCUAGCAGAAUUAGAACUUUCUUGUAACCAACUUCAAGGAUCCAUACCUGAUAGCAUAGGCCUUACUCUCCCGAAUUUAAGGUGGCUCCAGUUGUCGUACAACCAACUUGGCGGGCUAAUUCCAACGUGUCUCUCGAAUAUUUCUUCUCUUGAAUUAAUAGACUUGACGUCCAACUUCUUUGGUGGACCGGUUCCACGACUUGGGAAGCUCCCUCAUCUCUCUGUCUUACAGAUUGGAGGAAACCCUAUAAAAGAUGAUAUAAAUUUUAUUUCAUCAUUGACAAAUUGUACGAACUUGCAAGAUCUGUAUAUAUAUGAAAAUCCAUAUUUGUCUGGAUCGUUGCCACGCUCGAUAGGGAAUUUUUCUAGUGACCUUACUUACCUGGUCAUAUCGGGAACUCAAAUACAUGGAGAAGUUCCUUUAAGUAUUGGAAACCUUGUUGGUCUAAGACGUUUGGCCCUUUACAACAAUAAUCUUGAGGGCCCUAUUCCUUUGGACAUGGGGAAACUUUCUAGUUUGCAAGAGCUCUAUUUGGGAGCAAACAGAUUCAAGAACCAGCUGCCAUCAUCAUUUGGAAACAUGACUUCAUUGAAUAUCCUGUCCUUGCGAGAAAAUUUCUUUUCUGGAAAUUUACCUCAGAGUUUCGGUAAUUGCACCUACUUGCUAAAUUUGGACAUGUCCAGCAACAAUUUCAGUGGUCUGAUACCUCAAGAAAUUAUGAGGCUUUCGUCCAUUUCUACUUCACUUGAUCUAUCUUACAAUGCCUUCAUAGGAUCGAUUCCAACUGAAGUCGAAUCCUUAACAAACGUAGAAAAGUUGGAUUUGUCUCACAAUCGAUUGUCCGCACGUAUUCCAAGUUCUCUAAGCAAAUGCUUAAGCUUGCAGCAACUUUUUCUGGAAGGGAACCAACUUCAAGGAGAUAUACCUUCGGGAUUAAAGGCUUUAAGAGGCCUGGUAGAGUUGGAUCUUUCAAGAAAUAAUUUGUCUGGACCAAUCCCAAGUUUCUUAGCGGAGCUACGUCUUGAGAAAUUGAAUCUCUCAUAUAAUAGGCUUCAAGGGGAAGUCCCACAAGAAGGCAUUUUUAGAAAUAGGACAGCGUUUUCACUUGACGGGAACAAAGAGUUGUGUGGAGGAAUUCGUGAGUUGAAUCUUCCCCCUUGCAAGUUGAUGACUCGCACAAAGAAAAACUCAUCAAGCCUACUUAAAAUAUUGAUUCCAUGCCUGAUCUCUGGAGGCAUAUUCGCUGCGUUUUCAAUAUGCCUCAUCCUGUAUGUUUAUAGGCGUGGACGGCCUAGAAAGAAUGUGGCUUCUACAGCAUCAUCUGUUGGCACUCUAUUCAUGAGGCUUUCCUAUGGAGAUCUAAUAAGAGCCACGGAUGGUUUCUCGGAGGCUAAUUUGAUUGGCUCAGGAAGAUUUGGGACGGUCUACAAAGGUAUUCUAGAGGACGGGCGGACAUUAAUUGCUGUAAAAGUGCUCAAUCAUGUUGUUAAAGGGGCCGUUAAGAGCUUUCUAGCAGAAUGCAAUGCUUUAAGAGGCGUAAGACAUCGAAAUCUGUUGAAAAUACUGAGUGUUUGUGAAAGCAUAGACUAUCAGGGCGAAGAUUUCAAAUCGUUGAUCUUUGAAUUUAAGGCUAAUGGGAGUUUGGAAAAAUGGUUGUACCAUGAAAAAGAACAAGAACAACAUAGGAGUCUUACCAUGAUUCAGAGACUUAACAUUGCCAUUGAUGUUGCUCAAGCUCUAGAAUACCUGCAUUGCGGUACUGAUUCAACAAUCGUUCACGGUGAUUUGAAGCCGAGUAACAUUCUUUUGGAUCAUGACAUGACCGCUUACGUUGGUGACUUUGGACUGGCCAAGAUUAUCUCAAGCAUGUGUCCAACUCAAGAAAACAGUAGCUCAAUCGGGAUUAGAGGUACCAUCGGCUACGUUGCUCCAGAAUAUGGCAUGAGCAAUUUGGUUUCAACACAAGGUGAUGUAUAUAGUUAUGGGGUCCUUCUUCUGGAGAUAUUCACGAAUAGAAGACCAACGGAUAAUUCAUUUAUGGAGUACAUAAAUCUUCACAAUUUCGUCAGCACAGCCUUGCCAGAUUGUCUAAUGGAAAUCGUGAAUCCUCUCAUUCAAAUAGAACAUGAUAUGAGUAUGAUCAAUAAGAUCAAGGAUUGUAUAACUUCUAUACUAAACAUAGGAGUGGCUUGUUCGAGGGAAUCGCCAAGGGAUCGAAUGUCGAUGGCAGAUGUCGUUAUUGAAUUGCAUAAGAUCAGAGACUGUUAUCUUCACUAGAGAUCAAUGCUGAUGAACUUGUUCAAGUUAUGUAUGUGGUAUGUAUAUGUUUUAUAUCUCCUUUUCUGAAUUUCUAUUUAAUGUAAGAUAUCAUGUUUGAUGUAUGUUGCUAUGAUAUAAAUAUAUAUCAUACAGAAAUUGUGCUAUGAAAACAAAGAACAAAUAGAAAUAAAGUUCAA